AUGGCAGCCGCUCAGGCAGGCUUCCCUUGGCUCCCCGAAGGCUGCAAUGCUGACUCCAAGACAGCCAUGCCAUCAGAGUGCCUUGUCGACUCGCUUAGCAACGCAGCGGAGGAGGCUGCGGAAACCGGUGCCUCAGCUGGACUCGACAACUCGGCCACAUUGCCUGACCCGCGAGGAGUAAACUGGAGCGGACCUAGUGCAGGGCUGGGGGCGAAAUCUGACCUGACCGAGAGGUUGCGUCCUUUUUUUCGGCAAAUCCUUGCAGUAAAGGCACAAAAUGCAGAAAAACUGGGUUUCCAAGACUGCCCCAAGAGAUUAAGGUUGGAGUAG